AUGCCUCUCGUAGUCCCAGGCAUCAACUCCACCGGCGACAAGACCGAGGAGUGGACCAACCACCUCGUGGGCAAGAAGAUCGGCGACUCUUCAGACACCAUCACGUUCGCGAAGAAGGACCUUCCCGAGAAGCACCGCAUCCUCAAGGAAGGCGACGCCAUGACCUUCGACCACAACCCAGACCGCCUGAACAUCCACGUCGCCGACGAUGGUACCGUCAGGAAGGUCACCCACGGCUGA